CAGCUGCUGUCUCCACCCUCUGCACAGCGCAGUCCUCCAGCCUGUCCCGGCGCCCGGCUGUCCUCCGGCUGUCCUCCGGCUGUCCUCCGGCAUGUUCCUGAGGUUUGUGUGUGCUGUGGCGACCCGCUCGCUCUUCAUCCUGGCGUCCCUGGCGGCGGUGUGGCGGGUGGUGUGGGUGAAGCAGGACGGGCUCUACUGGCUGCUGACCGGCCUCUACCUGCCGCUGGUGGCGGAGAUGAUCCUCACCCUGAGGAGGAGGAGGGGGAACGACUACAAAUGGUUCUCUCCGGCCAUCUUCCUCUUCCUCAUCAGCAUCAUCCCGUCCAUCUGGAUCCUGGAGCUCCACCACCGGGGACAUCAGUCCGUGGACUCCAGGUGCGAUAAACUGGACUCCACCGAGAACAUCCGGGCUCUGUUCAGGCUGUGGAACAACUCCAGCGGCAGCGAAGGGUUCAAGGUUCCUCUGACCACGCUGUGUGCAGACGACUGGAUCCUGGCCCUCCACCAGAUCCUGCUCAUCCUGCUCGUCCUGGGGAAGUGGCUGCUGCCGGCCGCCGGCGAGCUGACCAGGAACCAGCUGUCACAGCUGCUGCUCGUCUUCGUGGGGACGGCGGCCGACAUCCUGGAGUUCACCUCCGAAACGCUGGCUGACAUCAAGGACAGCAGUCCAGCCAUGGUCUACAUUAUUCUGGCUGUCUGGACGUGGAGCAUGCUGCAGUUUCCGCUGCACAUCUCAGUGAUGGGUUCAUCCUCUGAGGACGUCUCGGACGCCGCCCCCUCCCUCCUCUCCCACCUCAGGACGGACAUCUGGAGCACGACGGGGGCGCUCUUCAUCCAGGACGGGCCCUUCCUGGCGGUCCGCCUCAUCGUCAUGAUCUACUUCGACGUGGUUCACCAGAUGCUCAUCUUCUUCGCCAUUAAGAACUUCCUGGUCGUGAUCCUGAACGUCUACCGGCUGCUCGUCGUCUGCUGUGAAAAGAAAUCCUGAGG